GACCAAUUACAUUGCAGAUUUUCCACGAUGGUCCUUCCUUGACAUAUGGCCUGCAUUUCGGACAACCAUGUAGCGUUUCAAUGUCCCUGCUGAGGACUUAAAUAUAUUAGUGUUUGCACCAGCAAAUUUGGUGCUCGUCAUUUGAUUAGAUUUGGAAAGAAAAUAAGUGCUGGUUACUUACUAGGUUCCACAGGACAUUGCAGCCCAGUGGUGGUCGCAAGGAUGAGACAGUACGGAUACUAGGGAGAGGCCGUGAGGACGAAAUUAAGGAAGGGAGUGGGAGGUCUUGUCCCUGUCUCAUACUAAGCAGCAACCAAGCAGUGUACUGUGGACAGCAUUGGACUGAAACUCCAACCCGAGGUUCCUAAACACUAUCUGGCUGCUAAAGUGCAGCUUGCCCGUGAUAAGGCCAGGGACCAGCCGUGGUGGAAGUGGCAGACGCUGGCAUUGGGCUUUUGCGACACCAGUAUGCUUUAUGAUGUGGUGUGAGCGAGCCACUUUCACAUGCUCUCCAAAAAUGGAAACAAUACAAGUCAUUAUAAUAUUGUGCAUCUUAACUAGCUAGCCACCAACUCAGUUAAUGCACAGUUUUGGGGCAGAUUACUGAUAGAAGCAACAGCCCAUGUUCGUGUCAAGGCUAUAGCAAUCCAGCUAGCUAACGUUAGCUAAGUAACCGGGUCAAACUCGUGCACCCUAAUGAAGGAGUACAAAGUGGUUGUGCUGGGAAGCGGCGGCGUCGGCAAGUCCGCGCUGACUGUCCAGUUUGUCACSGGCACAUUCAUCGAGAAAUAUGACCCUACAAUUGAGGACUUCUAUCGGAAAGAGAUCGAAGUGGACUCGUCGCCUUCGGUGCUGGAGAUCCUUGACACGGCAGGGACAGAACAGUUCGCCUCCAUGAGGGACCUGUACAUCAAGAACGGCCAGGGUUUCAUACUUGUCUACAGUCUCGUCAAUCAACAGUCAUUUCAGGACAUCAGACCGAUGCGAGACCAGAUAGUGCGGGUGAAGCGCUUUGAGAAGGUGCCACUGAUCCUGGUGGGGAACAAGGUGGACCUGGAGUCUGAGCGGGAGGUGGCAGGUGCAGACGGUCGGGCCCUGGCCCAGGAGUGGGGCUGCCCCUUCAUCGAGACCUCAGCCAAGAGCAAGACCAUGGUGGACGAGCUGUUUGCUGAAAUCGUUCGCCAGAUGAACUAUGCCACGCUGCCAGAGAAACAGGAGCAGUGCUGCACGGCCUGUGUGGUGCAGUGAGGGAGUAGGGGACACUGUCCCCUCUACACCUCUCCCCCAGGAUCUCUCCCAACUGGUUCCUGCUUUGAUGACCCAGGAACCACUUCAGCUCGAUCACACCUUUUGACCUCUCCAGCUGGCAGUGUUACCUACAGUACCAGAGAGCAGAUUCUUGUCUGUCCAUAGUCCAAUUCAAGGGAGUCUUGAGCCUGCCCAACCUUUGAUAUCUUGACUGUGGAACACAUUCACCUGCAGACUCACUGGCCUUCAUGGUGACCCGGCCCAGGGAAGACCCACUUUUCAAUGUGUAGAGGAUAACCUUAUGAGGAUGAAGGAUUGUCUAUGGAUUUCUAUUUUCUCGUUUGGGGUUGGAGUGCUGGGGCAAUGAGCAGUGAUCUGUUCAGGACCACAGCAACCCUUUUUGAAGCUGCMCCGUCAUUAGUUCCCCUGGUUUUACUUUUUACUUGUAUCGAUUUAUUAAAUCUGGUAUCUAAUUUUAAAGUGAUAACGGACAUGCAGGUUGAGGACUCGGGUCAGAAUUUAAUCAAACCGUGGUAAAUGUAUGAUUGCUGUGGUUUAUAGGGCCUAAAACCAACUGUAUGGUGGUUAUAAAGCAGACCAGCCUUCAACUUUCUAUUUUUCGAUGGGCAUGGUCGAGCCAGGUCUCCACGCAUGAGACGUUCACGUUGAGCAUGGAGCACUGCAUGUUUGUUUUCUGGUUACCGCUGUGUGGUUUGCUUUAAAUACAGGAGACACAGGUUCCUCUUAGUCAUGCAAAUGACUAAUAUGUUACAUGGUUCGAUCAAAUUCUGACCCUAAACAAUCUAACUUGCCCUGAACCACAUGUCAAACACGAUGUACGGAGGCCAGUGUCUGCAGGUUUUUAUGCCACCCUUGUACUUGAUUGAUGAAUUAAGGUCAAUGAUUAUUAAGGAACUCCACUCAACUGGUUUUCUAGGUCUUAAUUGAAAGGAAAAAUCUGCAGACACUAGGCCCUCCAUGGAAUGAGUUUGACACCCAUGCCCUAAAUGAUCUAACUUACAUUGUUACUUUUUUUUAUUAAGUUUGCUUUUAUUAUUUAUAAAAAWAUCUAAUUGCUUUGUUAGCCAAUUAUCAACUUUUUUUUUUAUACUUGCUUUUGCUUUUGUGACUUUACAGUGUGUUUUUGAAGAUGAGAAUUAACAGAGCCUUAAAUGAUUUCAGUCUUA